UUUCUUAAAACAGUUUUUUUUUUCCCUUUUGUUUAGAAGGUUAGUGGGUACGUAUACGUUGGAUUAAUUACGCUAAACUUACACUUCUACGUCAAAAACACUAUAAUUUCUUCAUUUCGUUUCAACGGGAAUUAAGAGGAUAUAUAUAAUAGACAAAUAAUUGAUGGUUAUGCUAUGAAUUAUACUUCAGAAAAGAUUAUGUCAUUAUGUGUCACGCUAAGUUACUCCAAAGGGGUUUUCUGGUUUAUCAUAAUCUUUUAACUAAUCCAGUGUUGAAACCACGUCUCGGAGAUGACCUACAAUUAAACACAACUGGAAAGAUUAUUUGGCCGGAGAAAAAAUCAGCGACAUUUGCAUCACUAAUCGGAAUCCUAGACCGGAGACUAGAGUUAGACCAGAAGGUAGAGAGAGGAAGUAAAAGAUACAAAGCAAUGUUGUCAAUUAUGGCUUCUAAGCUGUCUUACGAGAAUAGAAACUUCGUCAGCUCCGUUCUUCACAACCAUUGGAAGAUGGACUUAUUAGGUUUCUACAGCUGUUGGAAUGGUUACCAGAAACAAAGAUCAACAGAGGUGAUUGUUAUAAAAGACACAAGCACAGAUCCAAACCUCAUCAUCGUUAGUUUCAGAGGCACUGAUCCUUUCGAUGCAGAUGAUUGGUGCACAGACUUGGAUCUCUCUUGGUACGAAGUUAAAAAUGUGGGAAAGAUCCACGGCGGAUUCAUGAAAGCUUUAGGUCUUCAAAAAGAAGGAUGGCCUAAAGAAGUAAAUCUUGAUCAAACCCAAAAAGAAACAAGUUUAUAUGCGUACUACACUGUUAGGCGUCACUUAAAAGAAAUUCUCGACCAAAACCCGACAUCUAAAUUUAUAUUGACUGGACAUAGUCUAGGUGGAGCCCUAGCAAUCCUAUUCACGGCCGUGUUGGUGAUGCAUGAUGAGGAGAAAAUGCUAGAAAGGCUUGAAGGAGUUUACACAUUUGGGCAGCCACGUGUAGGUGAUGAGAAGUUUGGAACGUUCAUGAAAAAUUCGUUGAAGAAGUUUGACGUCAAGUAUGAAAGAUAUGUAUAUUGCAACGACAUGGUUCCUAGGUUGCCGUUCGAUGACAAGACACUCAUGUUCAAGCACUUUGGGCCAUGCCUUUACUAUGACAGUUUCUAUAAAGGAAAGGUAGAGGAAGAGGAGCCAAACAAAAACUACUUUAAUAUUUUAUGGGCUAUACCAAAGAUAAUGAAUGCAAUGUGGGAGUUGAUACGAAGUCUCAUCAUACCUUACUGGAAAGGUGGAGAGUUCAGAGAAGGAUGGUUCUUGAGGUGUUUCAGGGUUGUUGCAUUGUUGAUUCCAGGAUUACCUGCUCACUUCCCUAAUGAAUACAUCAAUGUCACUCUUUUGGGGGACUUGCCUCUUCUUCACUUACCUGACUCGCAUCUUGACUAAAUUUUGACAAAGUCAAUUCCAAUUUCUUUUAUGUUAUAUAUUGUUGUGUUCAACUUUUCCUAAAUGAAAAUAAUAUAUAUCAUGAGAACUUUUGUA